CGCAACCCAAGAUGUGCUCACUGCAGGAAUCACGGCGUGCAGACGACUUUGAAGGGUCACAAGGCUUACUGUCCCUACAGGAACUGUAACUGUGGUCAGUGCCAGCUGGUCAGAAUGAGACAGAAGGUGAUGGCGAAGAAUGUGGCUCUGAGAAGGAGGCAG